AUGCACGAAAUGAAGGUCGAGCCCACUUUUAUCAGCUACAGCGCUGGGAUCAGCGCGUGCGAGAAGGGCAAGCAGUGGCAGCGGGCUCUAGGACUGCUCAGCGAGAUGCGUGAGGCGAAGGUCGAGCCCACUUCUGUAAGCUACAACGCUGGGAUCAGCGCGUGCGGGAAGAGCAAGCAGUGGCAGCGGGCUCUAGGACUGCUCAGCGAGAUGCGUGAGGUGAAGCUCGAGCCGACCUUUAUCAGCUACAACGCUGGGAUCAGCGCGUGCGGGAAGAGUAAGCAGUGGCAGCGGGCUCUAGGACUGCUCUGCGAGAUGCGUGAGGUGAAGCUCGAGCCGACCUUUAUCAGCUACAACGCUGGGAUCAGGGCGUGCGAGGAAGGCGAGCAGUGGCAGCGGGCUCUAGGACUGCUCUGCGAGAUGCGUAAGGUGAAGCUCGAGACCGAUUUUAUAUUCAGCUACAAGGCUGGGAUCACUGCGUGCGAGAAAUGCAACCAGUGGCAGAUGGUCUGUUCGUUGCUCAGCGAGCUGCGGGAGGCGAGGAUGAAGCCCACCGUCACCUGCUGCAAUAUUGGGAUAACGGCAUGUGGAAAGCAAGGGCAGUGGCAGCACGCGCUGUCGUUAUUUACGAUGAUGCAUCACAACAGCCUGGAACCAACUCAACACAGCUAUACUGGUGUCAUCUUAGCGUGCGGUUGCCGUGGGAAGUGGCAGCAUGCCUUGUCGAUGUUCUUGCACUCGUGGCAGGACAGUGCGUAUCCAGAUGCAGUCAGCCUCAGUGCCACAGUCAAGGCUCUUGUCGUGGGACUGUCUCGCAGUCCCGCAAAACAAAAUGUGCCGCGAUGA